AGUUAGUGAUUGUUUGUGAUCAGGUAAAUCUGCGGAUUGGAAACAGCCGUCUUCACGGAACAAUGAUCUCCAAACAGACGUAAUAGUGUGUUAAAAUCCGAUCUGGGUGUGUGGUAAUUUUACAAAAUUAAAAUAUGUGUUUUCAGUUGGAGUUGAAAAGGUCUACACCGACGUACGUUGUGCUGUCUGGAGUACGAUUGAUAUAGUCUAGCGGAAUUUCAACUAUUAUAUCCUAAUCUGGCGGAUUUUCCCUCCAGUUCAGAUUCAGAAGUUCAGCAGAAUAUAUCUUAUUUUAAUGUAUUCUUGCACAGUUCCAGCCGAAUUUUAACCAUUAUAUCCUAGUGUAACUUGACUUCACUUGGGAGGUUCUGCUGGAAUAUAAAUGUGUUUUUUUGCAACAUAAUUUCUGCUGAUCAUAUCCUGUCUGAUAUGUCUUUCAUAUAAUGCUGCAGAUUUCCUGAUGCUGAUAUUCCAGUUUGACAUGUAUACCUGUGCAGAUUGUCAGCUGAUUAUAUUCUAGUUUUUAUGAUGUGGAUUUCAACUGAUGGUGUUUGUUUCUACAGCUGAUUAGGACAGAUACUUGUACGUCAGUGCGGAUUAAACCAGUUUGACAGUGAUUCCAUGCACUAUUCAACAUGAGUUUCCACAAAAAGGUCAGCUUAGACGUCAGCCGCUCCAGAAGAUGCAGACUUGAGCUCGAGAAGGCGAUGUCGACGGCGCGAUGCCCAAAAGAUUCCAAGUUCGGCGAGUGCCUGAUAAACAUCAACACCAAACAGGACCCGAUCCUGGGUAAAAACCUUUCCCGGAUCGAGAUGGACAUUCGCAGGAUGGAGGCCAAGAUGCAACAACUGAGAAAGACAUUCGUCAGAUCAAGUCAGUGUCUCAACUACGAACCAAUGAUCCUAGUGGAGCGCUGUCCUCCAAGGGAGGCCUUUCGCCGCACAGCGUUUAUCAACGCUUACGGCUACGACCCGCAACUUGCCAGACUUCCGGGUUACAUGUUUCCGAUGAAGUCCCGAAGUCGCACGCCUACGACUUUUACGACAAUAGACGCGUUUGUGGUUAAACAACGGAGAACGCGGAACGUCUGGGAGCGCGCCACGGAAGACAAGGAGCUCCCAAAAUUCGAGAGCACCGUCCGACCGUGUUCGAGGUUGACACAACGCGAGAUCCAGCAACUGCAGCAGUGUCGGACCUACCACAAGCCGAAGUUACAGGACGAGCGAGAGUUACGCUCGCCCAGAUUCGACACAAACACUCCAUUCAUAUCCCAUUUACCCAGAACUACCAUACCGCAGACUGUGGACGGAAGACUCAGUGUGAUGGCGUUGCCUAGCAGUUCUAAAUCUCUGUUUCUGAAAGAACCAGGGAGAAGCGUUAGAUUAAACGAAACACCCAUAUCUGUCACUUAGACACAUAUAUAUAUAUAUAUAUAUUUAUUUAAAUCGUGGCUUGAGACCAUUGUGAUUUGUGAUCAGGCCAUUAGGUAGUCCUCAACCAAAUAACAUCCGGCUGGUUCAAAGUUCGAGGUGCACCUAACUUUUGAUAGAGCAGUUAAUACCACAAUUCCUGCCAUUAGUGAUAAAUGUGACAUUGUUUGUUGUUAAAAAAAAAAGUUUCAUCUGGGCAAUAAAUGUAUGCGAUGUUAUUUCAUCUAGUACCACUAUGCCAAUUAGCUAUGUUUUUGAAACAUGUAUAUGGUACUUCUAAAACUAAAUACUACAAUGUUGUGCAAAACCUGUGGUGUUGUUUAAACAUCCGGUUAAAUGGAAAAUAAGGCAUGAAAGGUUGCACUUUGUUCAGUUAAUACUUUGAGGAAGGGUUUGUAGUACUGAUAUCUAGGUGUCAUAAUUUGGUUAAUAUAUUGCAUAUAGUCUCUUUACCACAUACAUGUACGUUAGCCUUGUUGUCUAUGGGAUUUUAUUUGAGAUGGUACAUGCAACCUUUAGGAGCAAUGGACGGGGUAUAGUCGCAUACUUCACGCCGGGACCACAUUCCAUUUGAUUUUAUCCCCAAGUGAGGCUAUAUGUAACACUGUGUACCACUUUGACAAAAGGAAAACGUGGCUUGAGACCAUUCUGAUGUAUCGGUGUUAUGUCACCUCCUGUAGGAACAGGGGACGGGGUAUAGUCACAUAUUUUAUCCUGGGGCCCCACCCUCUUUGAUUUUAUUCUCAAUUGAGACUAUACGUAACCUUUAAAAUAGCGGGCGUUCAAAAUGUAUUCAUUGCUACAUUCUCAUACGUAUUAAACGUUUACAUAAAAAAAAAUUGAUUUUGAAAAAUAUAUUUCUGUGAACAUUUUUAAAAGUUUAUGCUGGCAUUACUACCAUCCCCUUCCCCAUAGUAUGAUUAUACGCUAGUAAAAAAUAUUGAUACUUUUGAACAGACUGUCAUUUAAGGACCUUUAAAAUAUUAAACAGUCUAAUGUUUGUUACAGUCCACUAUAUGAACAGUUUUAAAGUGACAGACCCUAAUUUUUAAACACUACGACGUAUUUUUCACUAUUAAAGCCAUUUUUGAUCAUUUAAGUUAGAAGUAGGCCCUACUUACAUUCUAUUAUUUAGAAUAUUAAUUUUCGAACGACUUAAGUAGUUCUGGUCAUCCAGGUUUUUGCCAGACCCCUAAAAUGCAUUUUUCAUAAUUCUAAAAAGUAAUGGUUAUCGAGACAAGUUCUAGUUAUUUUUAGACGGCGUUUUCCCUGUUUAAACAUCACAGCCUUUAGUUUCUCUCUGUUUUAACCGUAUCCAAUGAUGUGUUGCAUGUUUAUAGAUUAACAAAGCAGUGUCCAUUUUCACGGGCUGAAACUAGGGUCUGCGCCUUUAAGGCAGGUAUAUAAUAUAGCGAGCUGUUUUAUAUCUAACAUUUACAUUUAAACAUUAGUAGUAAGCUUAGACUUGAGGACAGUGUGUAUUAGAUGGUUUAUAUGAAGGUUUUCUAUAUAGCCCAAUAGUAAAGCGCUCGCUUGAUGAGCGGUCAUUCUAGGAUCUAUUUCCAUCUGUGUGCUACCCUGUCUGUGGGAUUUGCAUACAAAAGAUUCCUUGCUAUUAAUGAAUAAAUGUAGCAAAACUACAUGGCAAAUUUACCAAAUGUGUGACCAUACGCAUACAAAACAGGGGACAUGGAGGGAGGCAACUGCUCACCUAGUGCUGGAGCAAAACCUUAAAUUCGGGCAAAAAUUACAGAGAUAUUCGGACAAAAUGUGCUACCCUGGAUGCGUAAUGAUUCUUUUGCAACCCUGUAUAGCUGUUUGGCAGUAAUGCUAAAAUGAAUAAAU